GAGGUAUGUCCCAUUGCGAUGGACAUUGAAGCAAGCAAUUAAUUAAUCGCUUCCCACGCCAGUGAUUUCUUACGAAAAAAUAGAACUCCUCCCGAGUAGGCGACGACGAUUGUUGGUAGUGGUGUUGCUUGACAAGCUGGUGGUGGUGAUAUCCCGCACACCGGAUGUUAAUGUAGCGUAUCCUUCGCCACCGUGAAGGCAGCUGCUUAGUAGACUUUGGAAGAUUUGAAGUUUGUCGACGAACCGUUGCUGCGGCUGCUGCUGAUGUUGUUAUCAGCACGAGAUGGCCCGUUCCACCACGAUUAAAGACGCAUUGAAGCGUUGGCAGGAAGAACACGAUGGGCAGGAUCCGGUAGAAGCACUCGACAUACAGCUACAGUUCCGUUGGCCACCGAUUGAGAAGAUGGAUGGUACCCUCGGGACGCUGGUGAACUGUCAGAAGUUAAGCCUGUCAUCAAAUAUGAUUGAAAAAAUUGCCGGUCUGAAUGGGAUGAAAAACUUGCGAAUACUUGCACUGGGCCGUAACUACAUCAAAUCACUUAGUGGUAUCGAGCUGGUAGGCGACACGCUGGAAGAACUUUGGAUUAGCUACAACCUGAUCGACAAACUGAAAGGGGUGGAAAGUUUGCGCAAGCUGAAAGUGCUGUACAUGGCGAACAAUUCGGUACGUGACUGGGGCGAGCUGGCCAAGCUGCAAGCCAUCGCCGGUACGCUCGAAGAUCUGGUGUUUGCCGGUAACCCGCUGGUGGAAAACUUGGACGAGGCGGCGUACGUGCGGGAAGUGACGAAGCGGUUACCCACACUGAAGAAGCUUGACGGUGUGCCGAUGCUGACGGAGGACGAGGACUAGCGUGUUGUGUGGUGUCCUUGCGGUAUGGCAGUGAGGUGUUUAAUCCUUUGCUGUGUUCACAAAGCGGCCCAUUUAGAAAGCGCCCGCAGGAUACGCUCGCUCGUCCUCGUCGACGACUUCGGCUGUCGGCGGUGUAACGAUUUCAUGGUGGAAUAUUUGAAUUUAUAAAGGAACCGAGAAUGUGGGACAGUAGCGCAGUGUAGCAUCACACUUGUGUUGUUUUUCUGUUGGAAUUCUUUCGGGUGGUCCAUGAAGCUGAGCAUGAGAUGAAAUGGAUUUCCAUGAAAUGCAUGCGGUGCAGCGACACGCUCUGCAUUGGGUGUAAACAACUUUCAAGCGUUGCAGCUACAUUUUC